AUGGCCAGAUUAACCAGGGCUAGCCUGGCAAUGAGCACUGAUAUCUUGACCAGAGAGCCAGGCUUAAAUAUGGAGGACCUUUCUUCCUGCAGACGGGAUCGGGAUUUCACCAACCUUCUCGACAUCAAAUACCAAUACCACUCGGCUUUCUUGAAGAGAAUCAGAGAGCACGUUGAGACAUUCCAUACAUGGAGAGAGCUUCGAGAGUCGCCGACUACCACAAAAAUUUGUGUUGAUCAGUUCUUGGACCAUUACGGAGAAGAGUACUGGGGUAUCCAGAAUCGCGAAAAGUAUAUUAUGUCAGACUCGAUUGCUCGCGGUGAUGAUGUUCGCUAUCCUGAGGAUGCUCAUGAAAUUAGCCAGGCCCUAGUCCUCCUUUUCAAGAAGAAGGCUGAUAGCCUUGUGAAGGAUGAGCCCCAAUCCUCCCAAGCCACAGUUACUGCUCUCGCACGCAUACCAGCACAGACAGCGCAUCUAAUUGAAACUGCACCCGUGACUGAAGCCCCCGAGGAACUUGAGGAAUUUACUCCCACCGAACACCAUGAGGAAGACGACGACGAGGAAGAAGACGACGAAGAGGAUGAAGACAAUUUUGCACCUCGCCCGAUCAAGAAGCGCCGAACCGCCAUAUUCCCCAUCCGCACACUUCCCACAUCAGACGAAAGCUCCUUGACUUCGGAGACGACUUCGCUUUCGCCCUACUCAACCCAUACAGACACUCACGCCACCCCCGCGAUCUCGAGCAUGACCAGUCUUAGUCUUGUUAACACACAUUUAGAGAAAGCCCUCCGAUCCAAGUGGCGCCGUGACACUUUCUUCCUUGUGACAACCGACACUUCCAAAGCCGCUCCCGCGUGGACCAAAUUCGUCAACUACAAGUCUGCCUCGUCCUUCCUGCUCGAGAUGGGUCGUGCUCGCGGCCUCGAGAAAAAGUGGUGGACUCCCAAUGCCCAGAUGGAGGUAGAGGGAGAGGCUGCGGUUAACUUUGAUGACCAUGUUGCUGCCGCUCAGCAGGUCAUCUCUAUGGCUUCCGUUAAGCUCGAGUGGUCUGGCAAGGAGAUUCUUGUGCGGUGGGAGAAUGACAGCGACUGGGGAAUUGUGAUGCAGUUGAUCCAUAAGGCCUGGCUUGCGAAGGAUUUCGGUCACCAGCUCAUUGAGACAUUCGAGAUUCGUGUUGUCCUUCACCUGGAGCAGUAA